GGGGUGGAGGUGCUGUUGUAUCUCGUUCUCCUUACCGUGUAGCUUCACUUCCUGGAAAUUGGACCCGGUUUCCUCCCUCACAGUAAAUCUUCAGUAUUUAUUUUCCUUUUUUUCCCCCCCAAUGACUGGUAUUUUUCUUUAGUCGAAGAUUCUGGAUGAAUUUUGGAUUGUGAGAGAAGACAAGGCACUCUUGGGUUUAGUGGCAGCAGAUACACUUAUUAUCUCCCUUUAAAGUAUUUGAAAUGUACGGUAUCUUUGUAGCAUCCCGAUUACCAGAUUUGUUGUUGUAAAUUCUUCCUCAUAGGACCUUGUGGUCGCUGUGGUGAUGCUUCUCUGAAAUGUUUUAUGUGUUUCAGGAGAUAUUUGAAUGCUUCUAUUUUGUUUGUUUUUUUUUUUUUUUAUUUUGGGACGUUUAUCUAAGUAACUGUUGUUCUUUGCAUUAUUGUGCCUGAAGUCCCUGGUGGACUCGGCAGAAGAUUAGCCCAUAUGAAUAUGGAAGCUCACCUGCAAGAUCAAGGCCUUGUCUGCUGAAGUAUUCUUUUCUCUCAAACAUAUUUAAAGGAAGGCAGAUCUCAGAUACAACAGCCUCCCUCCCCCGGAUUUUCAGGGUUUAGUGGUGAUCCUCCUUUCCUGUGACCUCUCUUGCCAUCUAAUAAUGAUAAAGCCCAGAUUACACACGAGGUUGGUUUUGUUUUGUUUUUCCUGGCCACAUGAAAGGAUCUGUGUUUUACCAUAAUAAGGUGGUAAAAAUGCCUUUGGACCUUGGUGAAGUUAAUCGUUUGACUUUGUAAGCAUAGAGUCUUUGUCAGGGCAGAUCCACCAUCUGCAGAGCAUCAGGCCAACCUGGCCCCUUUCUGAGGACACCCCAAGCUCUAGAGCCCUGCCUGAGACUCUUCCUUCUCACCCCGCCUGCCCGUUCACAUUUCAUUUAUUCUUUGCUGUGUGCAGCGGAUUAAUGUUUCAUCAGGGUGGAUUAGGAUGGAAUUAACAUCAAGGCUGUUUUUCUUUUCCGGCUGUCACUGUUGGGCGGUCUCAGGCAGGGGUGUCAGAGAGGCAUGUUCCUGGGGGAGGGGGCUCAUCCUAAAAGUACCUGGUGAGCAAGAGGAAGAUAAAGCCGGAGCUCGCAUUAUGAAAAUACUUCCCAGUCGCAAAUCAGGAGGCCUGGAUGGAGCAGGCAGGCAGGUGGUUUCAUCAGCCUAAUGUGGUGUCACAUGGAACAAAAGCUUUAGAGGUUUUAUUUAGCUCCUAAUCUGUGUGCUGAAAGCACUGAGGUCCAUGUGCACAGACCAGGCAGGGAGGGAGAGCCUCCUGGCUUGCGUGCAGCACCCCCUUUGUGAGACUGAGCCCCAAAGAAAAGACCUUUUAGGCCGCCAUUGCAGAGCAAGGCAAAGUUACCGUGCGUGCUGUGUUUUCUCUACUAAGGUUUCAGAAGAUUAAUAAUUUAGCCCAUACUCUGAAAUAGGAGACCCCCAGCUGGCUGGUCCUGCUGUCCGGGAAGGUUAGAAUGCAGCAGGCCUGCUCCGGAUGUAUGUAACUGAAGAUUGAUAAAGGCUUCCUCCUGCCGCCUCUCACUCAUCAUCUUCCAAUGCUGGCUCCAAGCAGGCCUGUAAAUAUUGGGCGUUCUCAGAGCUGGGACGCUGCCGGGUGGUACGAAGGACCCUGGGAGAACGCUGAGGAGCCCAGGCAGCCGAGGAGGAGCGGCUUUCUGACGUACGGAGGAGGAGAGGGACCGUGGUAUGAGCAGCCAGACCGCAGAGUGCAGAGCGCCAGCGUGCCCGUGGCCACCGCUCCGGCCCAGGAGCCCUGCCUGUACCGGGAGGCCUUUUACAACACGCUCAGCGGACAGAAGGGCUCUGUCCCCGAUUUCACCUUUUGCGACACCAGGCAGGCGGUGAUGUCUGCCCGUGCUUCUCUGCCACCACGGGACUGCUUCGGCGACCCUUCCAUUGUGACUAGGGUGCCCAAAGAGCCUCACUACUUCAAGGACCUUGGAGUGAGCCGACCAGUGUCCAGUUAUGGGGUGCUGGGCAGCAGAGUGGCAUGGGAUCAAGUGCCAGGCCGGUUCCCAGGCCUGCAGGACACGGGUCACCUAUAUCGGGAUCCUGGAGGUAAAUUGAUCGCUCCAGGGCAGUGGACACAGGGCAGGAACCCGUCUCCCGUGAGGUUUGGAGCAGAGCUGCCUGAUGUCAGGUAUGGGGCAGAGGCAGGUGCCUACCCCGCCAACCAUGUCUGCAACGAUGUCAGCGAGAGGCCAGGGGAUUCUGCUCUCACCAGGCAGGCAGCCCCGACAUGCCUGGUGGUGGAUCCCAGCACAACCACUGCCUCUAACGGCAGCCUGGGUGCAGUCCCCAGUGCCUUGAAUCGGAACUAUGGCCCCUCCCGGGAAAGCACCCACCCCAAGGUGGCUUACGAGACUUACGAAGCAGACCUGCCCUCGCUCCAGGCACCCAGCGGCAAAAGGAAUGUGCUGCCCGAGUUCCUGGCCUUGCUGCGGGCUGAGGGUGUGGCAGAGGGCACACUGGCCACCUUGCUGCAGCAAGGCUUCGACUCCCCGGCAGUCCUGGCCACCAUGGAGGACGCGGACAUCAAGGCUGUCGCGCCCAACCUGGGCCAGGCGCGAGUCCUGAGCCGCCUGGCCAGCAGCUGCCGAGCUGAGACGCAGCUGUGGAGGCAGGAGCGGGCAGGACCCCUGCCUCGAGCACGCUCCAGCAGCUUCAGCCACCACAACGAGCUGCUCCGUGGUGACUUCUCGCUGGGAGCCGGGACCCUGCAGCCCCAGCAGGCGGCAUCCCGAAUUGGAGACCUGGCCCGCCGCCCAUCGAGUGCACCAUCCCAUCACCUCCUGGAGACGGCGGCUACCUACUCUUCCCCUGGGGGGGCUGUCCAAGCAUCCCAUCUUCCCUCCAAUUCUGGGUACAGCUCUCCCACCCCUUGUGCCCUGACGGCACGGCUGGGGCCCACGUACCCACCACAGGCUGGGGUAGCCUUGACUAACCCAGGCCCCACGAGCACCAUUCACCCAGGCCCCAGGACGGCCUAUUCCACAGCUUACACCGUGCCCAUGGAGCUGCUGAAGCGUGAGCGCAGCGUGGCCGUUUCCCCCCUGCCCAGCCCCCAUGGCAGCCCCCAGCUCUUGCAGAAGCCCGGUGUCCCCACAGAGCUGCCCACGCUGCCACCAGCCAGCCAACGCCUGCACACGCCACAUGCACCCUACCAGAAGGUAGCCCGACGGACAGGUGCACCCAUCAUCGUAUCCACCAUGCUUGCGCCAGAACCAAGUAUCCGCCCCCAGAUCAUGAACGGCCCCCUGCACCCCCGCCCCCUGGUGGCGCUACUCGACGGCCGGGACUGCACUGUGGAGAUGCCCAUUCUGAAGGACCUCGCCACUGUGGCCUUCUGUGAUGCCCAGGCCACUCAGGAAAUCCACGAGAAGGUGCUAAACGAAGCGGUGGGUGCCAUGAUGUACCACACCAUCACCCUCACCAGGGAGGACCUGGAGAAGUUUAAAGCCUUGAGAGUGAUUGUGCGGAUAGGCAGCGGCUAUGACAACGUCGACAUCAAGGCCGCUGGCGAGCUGGGGAUCGCCGUGUGCAACAUCCCUUCCGCAGCAGUGGAGGAGACGGCCGACUCCACUAUCUGCCAUAUCCUCAACCUGUACCGGCGGAACACGUGGCUGUACCAGGCGCUGCGGGAGGGCACGCGGGUCCAGAGCGUCGAGCAGAUCCGGGAGGUGGCCUCGGGCGCAGCCCGCAUCCGCGGGGAGACACUGGGCCUCAUCGGCUUCGGUCGCACGGGGCAGGCGGUCGCUGUUCGAGCCAAGGCCUUCGGAUUCAGCGUCAUAUUUUAUGACCCCUACUUGCAGGAUGGGAUCGAGCGGUCCCUGGGCGUGCAGAGGAUCUACACCCUGCAGGACUUGCUGUACCAGAGUGACUGCGUGUCCCUGCACUGUAACCUCAACGAGCAUAACCACCACCUCAUCAAUGACUUUACUAUCAAGCAGAUGAGGCAAGGCGCGUUCCUCGUGAAUGCAGCCCGCGGUGGGCUGGUGGACGAGAAAGCCUUAGCCCAAGCCCUCAAGGAAGGAAGGAUACGAGGAGCAGCCCUGGACGUGCACGAGUCAGAGCCUUUCAGCUUUGCUCAAGGCCCACUGAAAGAUGCCCCGAAUCUCAUCUGCACGCCCCACACAGCCUGGUAUAGUGAGCAAGCCUCACUAGAGAUGAGGGAGGCAGCUGCCACCGAGAUCCGCCGAGCAAUCACAGGUCGCAUCCCAGAAAGCCUAAGAAACUGCGUGAACAAGGAAUUCUUCGUCACAACAGCUCCUUGGUCAGUAAUAGAUCAGCAAGCAAUUCAUCCUGAGCUCAAUGGUGCCACAUACAGAUACCCACCGGGCAUUGUGGGCGUGGCCCCAGGAGGACUUCCUGCAGCCAUGGAAGGCAUCAUCCCCGGAGGCAUCCCUGUCACUCACAACCUGCCCACAGUGGCACACCCUUCCCAAGCCCCUUCUCCCAACCAGCCCACAAAACACGGGGACAAUCGAGAGCACCCCAACGAGCAAUAGCAGAGGAUGUCAAAAGGUAACUGUUCAGAUAAACCUGGGACCAAGAGACAGUGAACAAUAGAGAACUACGAGAAAAGGGAUCGGACAGUCUUCUUAACUGACUCUGGACACAAUGCAUCAUUGCGGUUGCAGUGUUAAAACUACACACGAGCUAGAACGAGACUGGGAAACCCGAACGUGUCACCUGCUAUGGAAGCGCUGAAAGACUAGGACGUGAUUCUUAACGACCCACUCCUAUUGUUGUGUGUUAAGUUUCUCAUCUGUGCAUCAAAUCACAAAGAAUAAAUAGCUCUCUGUCCUUUAUCAGCCCUCGGGCACAGCAGGUCCAGAGGGCCUGCUCUUGAUUGUUGCAUCAAGAGUUCCAAACCUGAAAAUAAAACAUGUAAAGAGGAAAUCUCCACCCUGUGACUCCAGUCCCUUCGGUCCACGGGGGCUGGUUACCUCUUGCUAAUAGGAAGAUUGAACUACAACAAAGCGGGAGGAUAACUCUGCCUGUUAGACAACUGCCGGAAAGGAGGGAAGACAGUACAGGCCCCUGUCCAGAGGUGUUCCUCACAGCUGAACUGCACUGAGCGGGCAAGCUGGCUCUAAGUUCAGUAACACCCUCUGAUGAUGCAAAAAAAAAAAAAAGAGUGUUAAGUUUCACAAGCUGUUUGUACUCAGAUAUAUUUUCUCAGUUUCAGAUCCUCAGCUAUUUUAUUGAGUGAGAGUCUUGAACUGAAAGGUUCAAGAAUAAUGUUGCAUUUCCUUAUGUCUCAGGAAAACACUUUUUAUGGUAACUUGUCAGAUUGUCUAUGAACAAACCCACUUUUUUAGACAUUGAUAAAGUCUUCUUUUCUUCACGUGAUAUUUUAUACAAGAACACUUCAGAUGUGUUAUUAGAUGUGACUGAUUUUAACAAAUCCUAUUAGAUUUGUAUCAACUAGUUACAUGUUAUAUUCAUAGUCUUUUGUGAAUCAUCGCCUUUUUGUUUAAAGAUGGCCUAUUUUGAGCCUUUGUAUAGGUACAUUCCUGUUUUUGUGACAAAAAGAAAAAAAAAACUUUAAAACUGUCCCAAACAGAAAAAUGACUAUCAGAAGUAUGUUUUGUUUUAGUGUGAGUUACCGUUACUGUAUUUGUUUAUUGUAAAGGUGGACAUUUAGCGUUCAGUGCAGUUUUCAAUAAAAAAUAAUAAAAAUUUC